AUGACACUCCAGAGAACACCCAUCAAAUUACAGUGUUACGCCGUCGACUCCGGCACGUCUGCGAGAGAGUGUGUGGAAUACAUCGUCCUCGAUCUGAGAUCAGUGCAAGAGAUCAAACAGGCUCCUAAAUGGCAUUCUUUGCUCAGUAGUAAGUACACAAAACUGAAACCUGCUCUUCUGAUCAGCGUGAUCUUAGAGAACGACACCAAACCAACAGCUGAGCAGUUCAAAGCAAAGAAAGCCCCGCUGAGACCAGGCUUUCAUCAGAUCGGACCUGAAGAUGUCUGCACCAACAUGUUUGUGCUGUCGGUAACGGUUGCGUUUGCUACUAAACUGGAGCAGUUGAUCUCCAGCUCAAAUAAGCUGUCCAGCGAGGGCGCAGAGUUCUUCUUCUAUUAUACUCUACUGGGGAAUGACGUCACCAGCGAACCUUUCCAGAACCUCCUCAGUCCAAACUUUGAGCCUGAGCGAGCGUCCGUCUGCAUCCGCAGCAGUGAGCGAGUCCUGCAGCUCUUCCUCGCACAGCAGCCCUUCCUGCAGAUCCAUCUCUGCUGUGGAAACCGGUUUCUCGGCAGCACUGACGUCGGUCUGGCCGGGUUAAUAAAGAGCAGCGCUGAUCUCACUAAACAUCCCUCCACUAUAGAGGUCACUUUCAACCUGCAGCCCCCAAACCGAGUGAAGCCCAGCCUGCAGUCUGUCCCUCCGGACUUGCAGCCGACUGUAGACAUACCCAUUGAAAAUGGACCUAAAACUCCAGUGAAGAAAGGUCCUGUGCCUGCAGCCCGUCAUGAAUGUCCCAGAGCCCUGAUGACCCCGUCACCGGCCAGAUCACCAGACCGGCCUCUCCGAUCUCCAGCCGCUUCUCCUGAACACCAGCACUCUGAGAGCAAGGCUGAGAGUCUGUGCAGUGACGACAGACAGGCUCCACCCACAGUACACGAGAGACAGGCUCCGCCCAUAAUGUAUGAGAGACAGGCUCCGCCCACAGUACACGAGAGACAGACUCCGCCCACAACGUAUGAAAGACAGGCUCCGCCCACAGUACAUGAAAAACAGGCUCCGCCCACAACGGUUCCUCUGGCGGUGGAGAUGUGGCACAGAGAGCCGAGCUCUGGAGAUGUUCUGCUGGGUUCUGUCAGCAUUCAUCUGUCUCGCCUCCUCAGCGCCGAGAAAACACGCUUCCUCGACCCAUCUGGUCAUCAGCACUGGAGACACAGCUGUUCGGAGAGGAUUCCCAUCAUGAAAGCAGACGGGCCUGAGAAGUUGGCUGAACUCUGUUAUGUGAGCGCUCUUGAAGAUCUGGGGUUUGUGAAAGCUCAAGACGUCCUCGUCUCUGAAUCGUCACAGGGUCCCAAUGAGGCAGAGACUGUCACUCGACCUCGAGAGACCCUGGAGUACAAGGCAGCGCUGGAGCUGGAGAUGUGGAAGGAGAUGCAGGAGGAUCUGUUCGACAAUCAGCUGAAGCAGAAGGAGCGGAGUCACAUGCAGGCGCUGGCGGAGGAGUGGAGGAACAGAGAUCACCAGCGGGAGAUCAUCAAGAAGAAGGAGAUGGAGUAUAGUCUCCUGGAGGAGCAGCUGCAGAAGACUCUGUCUGAUCUGGAGAAGAGCGAGAAAGCUCUGGCUCACGCUGAGAUGCAGACGCAGUGGCUCCGCUCCGAGCACGAGUUCAGCAUGCGAGAGCUGCAAGACAGUGGCCGGCGUCUGCGCGAGGACUGCGCUCACCAGGUGGAGCUGGAGAGGUCAAAGUUCAGGCAGCUCGAGGAUCUCCUGGCUCAGCAGCGACAGCAGAUACAAGAGGCUGAGAACAAAUGCAAGCAGCUGGAGAAGGAGUUCGAGCUGUACCGGGAUCAGCAGAACGUCCGGCCCGAGGUCCGUCUGCAGUCAGAGAUCAACCUGCUGACCCUGGAGAAGGUCAGAGACACUAAAUCCUACACAGAGCAGAGGCGUAUUAUACUGAAGGAGUUAGCCAGGUUUAAACGGGCUGCAGGCUCUCGCAGGACCAGCUCAAGACUAAUGGAGCAGUUUACUGCGUUAAAGCAGACGUGGAUCUGUGUUUGGGGUUUCUGGGUAAAUUUCCUCAGUGAUGCGGUCCAGGUGUCGGGCGAAUCUCUCCAGAAAACUGCUCUUGAGUUGUGUCUGGCGUCCGGGUCAUUCUCUGGAGAUUCUCCAUCAGGACUGUCGAAGGAGAUCGCAAGCGCGCUGUCGGCCGUCCCGGGCUUUGAGAUGGACCCGUUCUCCACAGACGACCCGCUGGUGCUGGAGGCUCUGGGCAUGCUUUCAGACGGGGACCUGAUGCUGGCCGACCCCGCCGUCGAGGACUCCUUCCGCUCCGACCAGCUCAAACGGUCAAAGCAGCACGAUCCACUUCCUGUUACAGACCAAUCGCAGCCACGUGCCUCCACCAAACGGUGCUCAGGAGAUUCUCCAUCAGGACUGUCGAAGGAGAUCGCAAGCGCGCUGUCGGCCGUCCCGGGCUUUGAGAUGGACCCGUUCUCCACAGACGACCCGCUGGUGCUGGAGGCUCUGGGCAUGCUUUCAGACGGGGACCUGAUGCUGGCCGACCCCGCCGUCGAGGACUCCUUCCGCUCCGACCAGCUCAAACGGUCAAAGCAGCACGAUCCACUUCCUGUUACAGACCAAUCGCAGCCACGUGCCUCCACCAAACGGUGCUCAGGUGCUUCAGUCCCAGCAUGCACUGCACCGCACCAGGUUAAUGCAGAACCCACACAGGCGUGA